AAAAGUCAAUUAACUAGUCUACUCUGGAGAUAGAGAUCCAAUAGACGGGAAACUCGGCAGAGACUAGAGAGAGAAACCAAAAAUAGAGCAAAUUAAAAACAAUCUAAUAGAUAUCCUCCAAGAAAAGAAAAACGUCUACAUUGAGAGAUGGUGAGCAAAACAGAGGAGACCCAAUUGAAUAGGCUUGAAAACCAGGUAGACAAUGGAGGAGGAGGUACUUGGGAGUAUAUUUGCCUUGUCAGGAAGCUCAAAGUUAGGCGUUCAGACAAAGUCUUGAAGCAUGGCUUAUCGAUCUUAAAUGACCCCAAAAAAAGAUCUGCUCUUGGCCCUGAAGAAUGGACUCUAUAUGAGCAGGUAGCUAUUGCUGCUAUGGAUUGCCAAUGUCUUGAUGUUGCAAAGGAUUGCAUAAAGGUUUUACAGAAGAAAUUUCCGGAGAGCAAAAGGGUUGGCAGGCUGGAGGGCAUGUUGCUUGAAGCGAAGGGAUCCUGGGCUGAGGCAGAAAAAGCUUACUCAAGCCUUUUAGAGGAUAAUCCGCUUGAUCAAGUAAUACAUAGGAGGAGAGUAGCCAUGGCAAAAGCUCAAGGAAAUAUUUCAGGGGCUAUCGAGUGGCUUAAUAAAUAUCUUGAGAUAUUUAUGGCGGAUCAUGAUGCUUGGAGAGAACUUGCAGAGAUAUAUCUCUCCUUACAAAUGUAUAAGCAAGCAGCAUUCUGCUAUGAGGAGCUUAUUUUAUCUCAACCUACGGUUCCAUUAUAUCAUUUGGCCUAUGCUGAUACCAUGAAUUCACCAUACAACAACAAUGGUUCCCGAUCAGCCAAGAAGGUGCUUUACACACUCGCUGGACUAGAAAACCUUCUGACCGCCAAGAAAUACUAUGCAUCGACUGUAGACUUGACUGGGGGCAAAAAUACCAGAGCACUUCUUGGAAUUUGCUUGUGCACCUCUGCCAUAGCACAGCUUUCAAAAGGAAAGAACAAGGAAGACAAGGAGAGUCCAGAGCUCCAGUCUUUGGCAGCAACAGCCUUGGAGAAAGACUACAAGCAGAGAGCUUCUGACAAACUCAGUCUGCUUACUUCUGCUUUAAGAAGUUUGAAAAUUUAGUCUAAAGCCAAUGACAUUGAUUGAACCAGGCUUUCAUUAUUGUCCCAUACUCUGAAAUUGAAAAGGGGUCUAAGAUAAUUUUCAGAAAUGUUUUAACUUUCCAAGAAUUUGCCAUUAUUGUUUCCAUUCUAAUCUUCUAUUUGAGGUCUUGUGAUGUAUUAUUCAGGAUACUGCCAUAAAAACUAGAAAUUUUAUGCGAUAAAUUUCCCUUUCUCUGCAUAAUUUUAUGAGUUUUUGGAUGUACUUCUCAUAAUAAUAAAGCUUAUUGUAAUGGUUUUGACCCACAUUUUUUUUACCACAGCCAGAAGAGUAAACCAUGAUUUUUCCGAACAUAUGUUACACAUUUCUGUAAAAUAUUUUUUUUUUAUUAUUUGGUAAAAAAAAAAAAAA